GACUGUUGAUUGCAGACAUUCAUAUUCUAGAACUCAACAUGUUCCUAUAUUUGAAGAAAACUACUGCUUUGUUAUGAUGUGGUUAAAAAAGCAGAAUUGUUAGAAGGAUUCACUGGAAAUCGCCAGACAGGAAACAGAAACCAAAAGUAAAUCCAGAGCAGUGAAUAUAAGACUGCAGCCAGCAAGUCACUACAGCACAGACAGCAGGUCAGAGCAAGAGGAGGAGAAAGAAAGCUGUCAAUCAAGACGUUUUUGCAACCUAAAUUCAAAUUUGCACCGAUUCUGCUUUGGGACUGAUUGCAAGAGUACAGCCAGCAAGAACAAGUUUAAAAAAACAAAACAAAGUGAAAGCAACACAAAACAAGGAAACAAGACAGAAAACGCACAAUCAAGAUGUCUUUUCAUCCGACAUUCAUACUGCUUUUGGACAGAAGGGAAGACUGCAAGCCAGCAAGAACAAGAAUAAAAUAACAAACUCACUGCAACUGAGAAAGCAAAUCAGAGCAAGAGGACGAGUAAGAAAAUUCUCAGUCAAGAUGUUUUCAGCCGCAUCUGCACCGAUUCCUCCUUCAGACAGAAGGGAAGAAAAACCAUUGAAAGUCAUCCUGCUGGGAAAAACUGGAACAGGAAAAAGCCAGUUUGGCAAUGCCUUGAUUGGAAAAAGAGUGUUUGAGGUGAAUAGUUCUGCAGAUUCUGGUACAAGUGAAUGUCACGCAGUCACCAAAAGAAAUGGAGAAAUCACAGUGGUUGAUACUCCUGGUUUCUUUGACAACUGCAGAGAUGAAGCAGAUCUCAAACCUGAGAUAGUGAAGAGUAUCACAGAGUGCUCACCUGGACCUCAUGCAUUUCUCAUUGUCCUCAAAGUGGAGAAAUUCACUGAGCAAGAGAAGCAGAUUAUUACAAAAAUAAGAGAGUUAUUUUCUGAAGAGGCUUUUAAAUAUGCUGUGCUGGUCUUCACUCGUGGUGACGACCUUGAUGAGGGCGAAAGGAUUGAAAAGUUUGUCAUUAAAAAUAAGGAUCUGAAAGAGCUUUUAGCUAAAUGUGGUGGCCGCUGUCAUGUUGUUGAUAAUAAAUACUGGAACAACAACCAGCCAGAUUGUUACAGAGACAACCAGUUCCAGAUCAGACAGCUGCUCUACACAAUCAAUGAAAUGGUGAAACAAAAUGGAGGAGGCUGCUACACCAAUGAGAUGCUGCAAGAAGUGGAGAGAGAGAUCAGAGAAGAAACGGAGCGAACUGGAUCCAGAGAGGAGGCAAAGAAAAAUGUCUUCAACACUUUCCUGAAGAAGGUAGAUAAUAUUGUCCCAGACAUGUUACUGGGAGGUUUGCUUGGCAAAACAGCAAUGGUUAAAGUGGUUCGUUCAGUAGUUUUUGGUCUCAUCGGUGCUGCUGGAGGGGCAGCUCUUGGAGCUGCAGCUGGAGCAUUGGCAGGUCCUUUAGGGAUCGUUGCUGGAGCUGCUGCAGGGGCAAAAACUGGAGCUGCUGCGGGGGCAACUGUUGGAGGUGUUGCAGGGGGAGCUUUUGGAGGUCUUCUACCUCCAGGUAAUAGAGGUUCUGGGGGAUAUAAAUGCCUUCCAACAGAUGAAGGGAGUACAAAGCCAAAGGAUGAAUAGAUGAGCAAAAAAAACUAACUUUGAAUUGAUCUUUAUUCACAGACACAUUAUGGAAUCAUAUUUGUUUAGACUGCAGAUAUACUUUUUUUCUGCAAUGGUGGAUGAAAUAUCUUUUCAUUUAACAACUUUUGAAAUGAUUUAAUCAUGAAAGUUGUCAGAAAAAAGGCAAGUAAUGUAACUUUUUGAGUGUAAGAUUCAGUAUGAGUAUGAUGAUAAGAAGUUUCAUUUGGGUUCUUGAUGAUACCAAGAACUGAAAAUAAUUGAACUUUUUGAAUUUCUUUGAAAAUGUUUUGAUUUUUUCACUUUAAUAAAUCAACAUGUGUCCACUCCCUCUGUAAAUGAGGAGUUAAGUGAACAUGUCCCAAAACUUCUGUCAGUAUCUAUUGUUGUACAUUAUUUUAAUCAAUUACUGUUGUUUAUCUUAAAUAGCAAUACUGAUCAUUUUACUGAUAGAUUUUAUCAGAGGAGAUUUUGUUUGAAUUGAGGUUUUUGUUUUCUUCUUUUUCAUGGAAACUGCUUUGUAAAUAUAACAAAAGAUUGUUUUCAUUCACUUCGUGUGUCGAUUGAGUGGACAUGCGUUUAUCUACAAAUUGCUUGAUUUCAUUUUCUAGUUUUCUGAAAAUGUAAAUACGAAGUGUCUGAAUGAAUGAAAAGAAGGAACUAAGUUUCACAUUUGACAUGAUCUGAGGAAUAGCUUCAUUUAAUGUACUUCUGACUUAUUGUAAUAUGAUGAUGUUAUUUUCACACAUUCAUAAAAAAGCAUUGUAACUUCUUAAUUUUUUUGUUUCUCAUUUAAAAUGUAAAGCUUCCAGCUCUACAUCCAAACCUUUUCAAAAUACAAUUAAAUAAAAUAAAUAACCUGAAAUCAUUUG